CAGUUCGGUGGAUGGGUAUAUUGAAUGGCAUGUAACAAUGAGGUCGACCGCUGAGCAGCCGUUCUCGCGAUUCGAAUGGCUGGUGAGAGGGACAUGACGGAGGAUGUGGAGGUCAAGAUGUUUGAGGAGACUUGAGUACACGUGAGGGCAAUCGGUCGCUAGGACAGUACAUAUAAGAUAUUAUAAGCUUCUCGCCUUUACGACGAAGGGUUUUCGAUCCUAGUCUGAGAUGAGCAGUUGACUCAAAGAGGCAUGUUAGCAAAAUGUAGCUAUAAGUGUGCAGCCCUGUCAGUCGGACACGGCACCACGGGGGAUCGCACGCGGAAAGGUGGAGGAGACCGAGGUGUGAGCUGUGGAGAGAAAACUGUGGGAGGCCGCGUGAGUGAUUAGUACUCGCGUGCCCCAGUAAGACAUGAUUCCACCGGAAGAUGAGUGAUGAAGGAGAACUGCGACACGGCAAAUGGAAGAGUCGCAGUCGAGAAGAGGGGGAGAAGUCCGGAAACAAUACUGUGGUAGAGAUGAUUUCGUCUGACAGUGUAGACUCUCAGCUGAAUGUAUUCGAAGUCUACCCCUCUAUGAUUUUAACGAGUUACACUAGUGAAGCUCUCAGAAGCCCCACGUCACUUUUGGUCCAUCACCAUCACAAAAUCUCAAAGUACAGACACAUGUUCUCUCGUCUAGCCAUCUCAUCUCGUCUCCAGCAACUCGCGCAUCAACUCCAGAUUCCUUCGUUCAGAGCAAGCCCAAUUACCACAAAAACAUACGCAACCAUGGUCGACCACUCGAAAUGGAAGUUCAACCAUACCAUGCUACGGGUCAAGGACCCUCAGAAGUCUUUGGACUACUACAAACUGCUCGGCCUCAGUCUGGUCAACAAAAUUGAGUUCCCAGAUAACAAGUUCGACCUAUAUUUCCUCGGUGAGAACACCUUGAACAAUCAGUCUGCGUACGAUGGUCCUAAAUCAGCCUCCCCUGGUCAUCACUUCUCUGACCGCGAAGGCGUCCUCGAACUCACCCACAACUAUGGCUCCGAAAACGACUCCAGCUUCACCAUCAACAAUGGCAACAAGGACCCUCACAAGGGUUUCGGCCACAUCUGCGUGAGCGUGGACAACAUCCAAGCCGCCUGCCAGCGGAUAGAAGAUGCGGGAUACAAAUUCCAGAAGAAAUUGACAGAUGGACGAAUGCGAAGCAUCGCAUUUGCCCUCGAUCCGGACGGAUACUGGGUGGAGAUUAUUGGACAGAACAACGUUGAUGCGACAAAGGACAUCAAGACCACAGAAACCUCAGCGUACCGUUUCAAUCACAGCAUGAUCCGAAUCAAGGACCCUGAAAAGAGUUUGAAGUUCUAUCAAGAGGUCAUGGGGAUGACUCUACUGCGCACAUCCGAACAAAAGGAAGCGGGCUUCACACUCUACUUCUUGGGUUAUCCGGGAGAUUUUGAGGUUCCGAAACCGGAAGAUACACCAAAUGGUGUCAACCCAUUGGCCCAGAAGGAAGGUCUGCUCGAGUUGACAUGGAACUAUGGUACCGAAAAGGAAGAAGGCAAAGUCUACCACAACGGCAAUGACGAGCCACAAGGGUUUGGCCAUAUUUGCAUCAGUGUCGAUGAUCUUGACCAAGCAUGUCAAUUUAUGGAAGACAAGAAAGUCAACUGGAAGAAACGGUUGACCGAUGGAAGAAUGAAGAAUGUCGCUUUCGUCCUCGAUCCAGAUGAGUAUUGGGUCGAAAUUAUCCAGAACGAGACCUUGAAGAAGUGA